AUGAACGUAGUUCGGGAAAUCAAUGCUAUCAACCAGAGGGAGCUCGAGCUUGGUCUGACUGCGUCGUGGCACGACGAGUACAAAGAUUCUGCCAGAAUAUUCGUUGGUGGACUGCACAAUGACUUGACUGAGGGAGAUGUCAUCACCAUCUUUUCGCAAUACGGCGAAAUCAUGGACAUUAACAUGCCUCGUGACAAGGAAACAGGGAAACCCAGAGGGUUUGCCUUUCUCAUGUAUGAGGAUCAACGUUCUACCAUCCUCGCCGUUGAUAACCUCAAUGGUGCCAAGGUCCUAGAGCGCACGCUGCGGGUUGACCAUGUUAAGCAGUACAAGCAACCCAAGGUUAAGAACGCUGAUGGUGAAUGGGUGGAGCAGGACGAAGAAGUCUUCAAUGCUGCGCCAGAGCUGAUUGAAGACGAUGGUGCGGAAUCAGAUUCGUCUGAUUCUACGGGGGCGUCAAUUGACCCUGAGGAUCCUAUGCGAGACUAUCUCAUCGCCCAGCGAAGGGAGGCAAAGGCCAAGAAGAAGGGGAAGGAAAAGAAGAAGUCCAAAAGUAAGCACAAGGACGAGACACCCGAGGAGCGGGCGGCACGGAAAGCUAGGAAGAGGGAGAAGAAGGAGAAGAAAAAGGCAAAGAAGGGGAAAUCAGAAGUUUGGGUGUGGACCAACGCGAUGUUAGGAGGAGUCGGGACCGUUCGAGGACCCCAGAUGAACGAAGAAGAAGGGACUCUCGCAGCCGUUCUCCGCAUCACGGGAGACGUCGACGAAGCUAUUCACCUGACGACUAUGACUCCCGGCGCAGGUCAAGAUAUUCCGAUGACGAUGAACCGCGCUCGAGAGGACAGUCCGGAAGGAUGCGCGACUAGAUCCAAUGCUCUUUCCCCCCAGUUCGUUUCAUUGUGCUUCUAUCAUCAUUUCCACAUGUUCACAUCCGGGGGGCAACCCCGUACUAUCGUCUCGGACUAG